AUGAUUUCAACAAUCGAAACAUCAGCACUUUCGACAGCAUGCACGGCACCAAACUCGCUAGUUAUGAAUCCUACGUCAAUGUUGGUAGAGAUGAAAAACUUCAUUCCUUCUUCAUAUACUUUUGAAACAGAAAUACAAAGAAUAAAGCAAGAACUUUUAACAAGUAAUUUAGACUGUAGUGCGAAAGAUGAAACAAAUGGAGAGGAGCUAUAUGAAAUGCAAGAUAUCAUAGACCAUUUGCCUAAAUUACCGGAAGUUCAGCAGCAAAAACUAACUAUUCCUGAAUUCGAUGAAAUUGAAGUUAAAGCAACUGACUCAGUAGAAAUAAAGAAAUUCAUACGUAAAGUAAAUUAUGAAUUCCUUGGUUUUCAUUGCAACCAUAAAGUUAUGGACAAAGAUUGCGACAUGGUAUAUAAGAACAUCUCUGACAUAUAUAAAUCUGAAGAAUUUAAGACCUACGACAACUUUGUUUCGUUAGUUGCUGAAUGUGUAUGGCAGAUAAGAGAUAAAGAUAGAAGAGGUAAGGUAUGGCAUGAACAGAUAAAACCAACUGCUUCAGAUUUAAAGAAAACCAUUGACGCCUUAGUUGUUUUAGCAGGUAAGGUUUCAGAAUAUAACGCAAAAAUGAAUCCGCAAUGUUCUAAAUGUAAAGCAGCAAUUAGGAAAUAUAACUAUUCAGUAAAAGAGAUAGAACGUAUGAGAAACGACUAUGCAGAUUUAAAGAGGGAGGCAGAGAAACCAGCAGAAGAUAAAAUGGACAU